AAAUCAAUUUUAACAGAAUAAGAAAUCAACAUAUGUACAUAAUCCUACACGAAAGUUUCAAUAGUUCCUUUGAUUGGUCCCUCCCACAUUGCACUAUACAUACCUCUCACAAACCCUACGUCUAUCAGCUGAUAUCUGUCACUACUCUACUCGCCGGAUGUUAGUCAUAAUAAAAAAAUUGUCCGUUCAAUCAUGUCGUACAAGUGUAAAUUUUCUGCGGUUAUGCAAAUCUCUUUACUUGUCAAGCCUCGUACAGCAAAAUGGAUAAACAUAUGUAUCUAUGGAGAGGAGCUGACAAAUUGUCCUUCGCAUUCGGCGACAAGCCGAAUGGCGUUAUCUGCAAAUUGGUUACCAUUAAAGAUCACAUUUUUGUAGUGACGACGACCAAUAAUCUGUACCAUGGGGAAGUGUCGUUCUCAGAGAACACUUGCCCUAUGGUCAUCUUCAAGAGGGCUCAGUUUGACGUUAUCGACGUAGCGUCUAAUUCUGAGCACCUGUUUAUCGUAAACACUAAAGGACAUGUUUUGAAAGUAAAUCCUCAGGACAUGAGUGUUAUAGAUCUAAUAAUUCUUAAAGAGGAAGUGAAAUUUUGUAGUCAUGGGUAUAAAGAAGAAAAUGAAGUAGUAAAAGUCAAAUCUAUAGCAGUUAGUGACCAUGCAACAUUAUUUGUUACCGAAAAUGGACAAUUAUGGGCUAGUGGUAAUCAGCCGCAGAUAGAUAUAAAUAGUACAGAACCAAAGAAAGUUAAAUUCUUUGAAGGAAGGACAGUGUCUGAGGUUGCUUGUGGUUCCAAUUUUAAUGUAGUUACCGUGAGGAAAACCACCAAACCUAUAAAAGAUGAUACAGAUAGUGAAAAUGAGUUGGAGGAAGAAGUCUUCAUUAAUUCUUGUCCGCAAUGUCUUAAUAAUGUUAUGUUAAGCCCUGGUAGUGUAACAUCAUCAGAUACAUGUCUGACUGGUCUUCAUGCACAGCAAUUUAGUGAGGAUCGUUCUACAAAUUCUAUCAGUGCUUUGUCCACUGCCAGUAAAGAACACAUUUCUCUACCAGAAAUGGACAAAAAAGAACUUUCUGAUAUUAUUGAAAAUGGUGGAGAAUGUCCGAAUAAUUUAACAGAUUCUGAAAAAGAUGAAAAAAGAAAUGUUAUAUUUAUAAAUACAGAGACUGCUCGACAAUUUUUAACUAGGCAACUAUCUUGGGUUUCAUCCUACGGUAGUGCCAAGGAAGAUAUACCUAUGGAAAAUGUCGAUCGUUCAACAAGAUUGAUAAAACAAAAUGUAUCAAAUAUGGCAAACUUAGUAUAUGAAGGAGUUAAAAAUGUAGGAGGAAAAGUAGUAACUUUAUCUAGACAUAUGAGUGGUAGUUCUGAUAUUAAUGAAGGUAAGGCUGAUAGCAAUGAAAACCUAGAAGAACAAGGAGAUAGCUAUACGAAACCUACCGCGAGUAGUCUGGCGUUAAGCUUACGUUGCGAAGAAUUUCCUUGGUCAUCGAGUACUGGUUCAUCUGAACAUGAAUUGUCUCAACAAGGCUUAAACGAAAGAAUCAAUGCAUUAUCUCGCACCGGUAGUAACAUACUGGCGACGGAACUCUGGACAUGGGGCGAUGUACAAUACGGACAAUUGGGAACGGGAGAUAUUAUUAAACGACCGAGACCGGUACUAGUAGCGAAGCUUAGCCAUAUUGGUAUUAGAAAAAUAUCAUGUGGUGCCUUCCAUGUGCUUGCUCUAACAUUGGAUGGUAGAGUAUUUGCAUGGGGUCGUAACAACUUUAAACAAGUCACUUUGCACACUACAGUAGAUCAAAGCGCUCCUCAGCUAUUUACAACAAAGCUAUCUUCCAAUGAGAGAGCCAUCGACAUGGCAGCUGGCGAUUUCCAUAGUUUAAUAAUGAUGCAUCAUGGUUUAUAUUUUAUGGGUCAAUCAAGUAAAGUUGGGGAUAUGUUUCAAUUUGACAUACAAAGUAAAAAUGAAGCAAAUAGUCCGAGAGAAAUUUUCAGUUCUAAACAAUACAGUUGCUGUUCUAUGAUAAACGAGCCAGCGAUAAAUAUAUCAGAAGAUUUAAUAAACGAUCAGAUCUUUCUAGAAGAGAUGUUGACUGUCUAUCAAAAUCUUAUCAAGCCAUUUCAAAAGAAAAGUGGUACAAUUCAAGAGGCUAAUGUAUAUGAAACACUGUGUCGUUGUUAUGCAGAGCUGAUGCACUUUAGUGUUUUAAAUGUUAUAAGUUUGUGGGAUUAUUUUAAUCACAUUGGAGAAGCCUAUGAAGUCGCAAUUGUUGCGAAUAUAGAGGAAUUUACUACAGUAUAUAAAUAUUAUUUGAAUGCUAUUUGCGAUGUUAUAUCCCUUGGUGGUUUUACGCAUAUUGCAAAACUCAUUGAAGUGCCACAAAUAGUAUCAAAUUUAUUUAUAAAUAAUUUAAAGAAUAGUGAUCUAAAAAGAAAUAACAAUGAAAUCGUUAUAACAAUGGCAUUGCAACAUCCUUUAUGCAAAUUAAACAGAUACAAAAAUAUGAUACAUAGUUUAAUAAAAAGUAAUGGUACAAAAAUGGGUGUUGAACGAUUACAAGAAGCUCUCAUAAAAUGGGAGCAAGUACACGAUGAACAAGAGAAACGUCAAAAAGAAGCAGAUGCUACAAAAUUAUUUUGGGAAAGUUCUGGAAAAUUAGGAGAAUUGUUGAGAUCUCCUAAUAGAAGGCUUAUUAGAGAAUCAAAACUGUACCCUCUAUCAAUACUUAAUUCUGGAAGAUUUUCAUCUCAUUGGUUUGUUUUAUUGACAGAUAUUUUCAUACAUGUUACUGGUGCUACACACACAAUCCAUCCACUUCAAACUUUAUGGGUAGAACCUCUACCAGAUUCUGAAAAUAUACAGAAUGCUAUAUCAAUUGUUGCACCAGAAGACAAUUUCAUAUUAUAUACUCCUACUCCUUCUGAACGUAAUGAAUGGUUACAUGCUCUACAAAAUACUAUAAAAUGCAGUUUGCAAAGAGUGAUUGGAAAUGUGCCUCCAUUAGCACGCUCAAGUUCGUUUUCGUUUACAAAACAUAAUGUUUUUAAAGAUGCAACAUAUACUGGACGAUGGCUAAAUGGUAAGCCACACGGUUCUGGAAAAUUAGAAUGGUCUGAUGGUCGUACUUAUGUAGGACAAUUUCAUAAGGGUGUUCUUCAUGGUACUGGAAAAAUGGAAAUUCCAAUGCAGGGUGUAUAUGAAGGCCAGUGGAAAGAUGGUCAGCAAAAUGGAUAUGGAACAAUGAAAUACAUCAAUGGGGAUUUUUAUGAAGGAUACUUUAAAGAUGGAUUACCUCAUGGCCAUGGUGUCAAAAAAGAAGGUCACUUUAUGGCAUCAGUUGCAUCUGUUUAUAUUGGAGAAUGGGCUGCAGGUGUUAAACAAGGCUAUGGAAUAAUGGAUGAUAUUAUGACAGGUGAAAAAUAUCUUGGAUCGUGGAAUAAUGGUCUAAAACAUGGUAAUGGUUUAAUUGUGACACUUGAUGGCAUUUAUUAUGAAGGAGUUUUUAUGCAAGAUGUUCUAACGGGUCAUGGAGUAAUGGUAUUUGAGGAUGGUACGCAUUACGAAGGCGAAUUUAAGUCUGCAGGGAUAUUUUGUGGAAAAGGUACUUUAACAUUCCGAAGUGGUGACAGACUAGAAGGUAAUAUGAAUGGCGCGUGGAAUGAGGGUGUCAAAGUUAUCGCCACAUUGCAUAUGAAUAAAGCUAGUGGAACUGCACAAAUCAAUUCAAAACCAGCAUCUUUCGGUAAACUAUGCGUAUCUGCUGAUCAGAAAUGGAAAGCCAUAUUUAAACAAUGUUAUCAACAACUUGGCAUAUCCGAGUCUGUCACCAAAAAUUCCAGUUACAAUGAAAAGUCUAUAGAAACUCAAAGAGUAUGGCAGAAUGUGGCUAGUAUAAUAACAAAGUCUCAUCAAAGGACAUUACAACGAAAAAAAUUCUCUGCCAAUACUGCCUCAAAUAUGAAAGAAAGAAAUAGUGAAACAAUUGAUCAAUUGGAUAAGAUACCGUGUUUCGGGCGAGACAAACUCACGAGUCAGACUUACAACGAAGUCCACAAGUAUUUAGUGAAAGCUUUCGAAAGUCCGCAUCAUCCAUUGGGCGCCCUUUUGACAGAAGUAGCUGCGGUAUAUACGGCCACUUAUGGUGGAGUGAGAGUGCAUCCAUUAUUACUUAGCCAUGCAGUAUCAGAACUGCACAGUAUUACAACAAGGAUAUAUGAGAUUGUGCUUCUUUUAUUCCCGGCUUUACCGCGUUGUGGCAAAGAGUAUGUUCUUGAAACUGAUGGUGAAGAAGAGCAAGUUAUAAGCGCUGCUGCGAUACUUCAUCCAAUAUUACUGCCACGUGUACAUUCAGCACUUUUUGUACUAUACGCCUUACAUAAUAAAAAAGAAGAUGAUGCAUAUUGGGAGAGAUUAAUGAAAUGGAAUAAGCAACCUGACAUAACUUUGAUGGCCUUCCUUGAAAUUGACCAGAAAUUCUGGAAGACUACAAAUGUAUUAAGCAUUACAGACAAUUCAUUACCAUAUCAGCAUGAACCUUAUUUCAGUGAUGCCAUAGAAACUUUACAGCAACUUAAAACAACUUUUUCACCGUUAGAAAAGCUAUUAGUGGUCAGAAAUACAUUUGAACAAAUGACACAAGCAGUACAAAAACAAUUAGGAUCUACAUAUUUAUGGACAAUGGAUGAACUAUUUCCAGUAUUUAGUUUUGUUGUAGUGCGCGCUAGUGUAUUGCAAUUAGGGAGUGAAAUACAUUUUAUUGAAGAUUUCAUGGAGCCAUAUUUGCAAAAUGGAGAGCUCGGUAUUAUGUUCACCACUCUUAAGGCAUGUUACUACCAGAUAUUACAAGAAAAAACAAACAUGGGUGAUUGAAAGCAAGAAUUGAAAUCUAUACAUGAUACGGUAAGAUGGUAAAUAUGUAUAGAUAUAAAGAAUCCUUAAAAAUAAUAUUGCAUUCAUUUAAAAGACAUGACAGGAUAAAAAUAAUUUUGCCUGACAGAAAAGUACUAUGUAUUAUAAUGAACUAAAGUGAGAUAAAUUGCAUUUAUGAUACAGAUUGUUGUUCUUGAUUACAUUAAAAUGCUGAAAUAUGAAAAGAAAUAAGAAACGACGUGACAUAUCAUUUCAUUAGAAAAGGUUUGUCAAAAUGUAUAUAAGUUUACUUAUAUUAAAAAAUAUUUGUCAUUAGCUAACUCAAUGUUCUGCAACUAAGAAAUGUUUGCAUAUGAGUCGCACAUUAAAAAGUUAAAGUUUGGUACUUCCAAUUAUCUGUAGUCAAAGGAUAUUGUGCAUUGCAAACAGCCGUAUGAAGUACACAGCUCAAUAUUGUGAUAUAAAAAAAUGAAAAGUUACCUUUUCUCUUCCACAUACCUGAAUUAGAGAUUAGCUAUAUAAAAACAAUUAUUAUUCAUCUCUUGUAUAUUUUUCUUUUUCUUGUAAUACUAAAUCACAGAAAUACU